AUGGAUAAGAGGUCAAAACCGGCCAGCAAUGUUAAAGACAUGCAUGGAAAGUUGGUGACUGAAGAAAAGGAAGUGCUUGAGUCUGCUGGUACUUCUAAAGCUGCCGAGAAGAAAAACCGUAAACAUCAAAACAAGAAAAAUGAUAAAAAUUAUACUCUUAAGGUUGAAAAAAAUCAAAAUACUGAAGGCUUUCCGAAACCAGAAAAAAUUUCAAUUAAGCCUGUUGUAAGUCAAAACCCUCCAUAUAAUGAAAAAUUAGAUGAUGGAGAUGAUACAAAAGAUGAUGAAAUAACUGUAGAAACCAAUGAAUUGGAUAUGCUUCAAUCCCUAACUGGGGUUCCACACGAAGAUGAUGAAAUUUUAUUUGCUCUUCCCAUUGUUGCGCCCUAUACAUCCAUUUUAAAUAACAAGUAA